UAACAAUAAAAAAUUCUCUUUUGAUGGUUUGAUGAUAAGAUCAAGUUUUCAAUUAUUGCCACUCAGUCAACCAGUUAAAAGUCCACUCGAGUAACGUCACUUCACCACUUCCGAGUUCAUCCAAUGGCCAAAACGACUUCCUCCUCCGCUGACCACCACUCCUCGCCGGCGAACAACGGCGGCUUCAAGUUGGUGGGUUUCAACAAUUUCGUCCGUGUCAAUCCUAAAUCGGACCAUUUCUCUGUCAAACGCUUCCACCAUGUGGAGUUUUGGUGCGGCGAUGCUACUAACACCGCCCGCCGCUUUUCUUGGGGCUUAGGAAUGCCUAUUGUUGCAAAAUCCGAUCUCUCCACCGGGAACUCAGCUCACGCUUCCUAUCUCCUCCGUUCCGUCUCCGGCGAGCUUCAGUUCCUCUUCACUGCUCCGUACGCGUCCUCCAUGUCUGUACCUUCCUCUGCCUCCAUCCCCGCCUUCUCUGCAUCCACUCACCGCUCCUUCACCGCCGCGCAUGGCCUCGGCGUACGCGCGGUUGCUCUUGUAGUCGAGGACGCCCGGACCGCCUUUUCCAACAGCGUCUCCCGCGGCGCGAAACCCGUCUCGGAACCGGUGACGAUUAACAGCCAAGUCGUCUUCGCCGAAGUCCACCUAUACGGCGACGUCGUGCUCCGAUUCAUCAGCUAUCUAGCGGACCCCACCACCGUCACGUUCCUGCCAGGCUUUGAGCCCAUGGACGGGACGGCGUCUUACCAGGACCUCGAUUACGGAAUCCGCAGACUCGACCACGCCGUUGGGAACGUCCACGAGCUUGGCCCAGUUGUUGACUACCUCAAGUCAUUCACAGGAUUCCACGAAUUCGCGGAAUUCACGGCUGAAGACGUGGGGACAGCCGAUAGCGGCCUGAACUCUGUGGUGCUAGCGAACAACGAAGAGACCGUUCUGAUGCCUCUUAAUGAACCUGUUUUCGGGACGAAGAGGAAGAGUCAAAUCCAGACGUACCUGGAGUACAAUGAAGGACCAGGGGUGCAGCAUCUGGCUCUAGCUAGUGAGGACAUAUUCAGAACAAUGCGUGAAAUGAGGAAAAGGAGCGCAGUUGGGGGUUUUGAGUUCAUGCCUUCUCCUCCACCCACAUAUUACAAAAAUUUAAAGGGCAGGGUUGGUGAUAUUCUGAAUGAUGAACAGAUUAAGGAGUGUGAAGAGCUGGGCAUUUUAGUUGAUAGAGAUGAUCAGGGCACUCUUCUUCAAAUCUUUACCAAACCUGUUGGAGACAGGCCUACAAUGUUUAUAGAAAUUAUCCAGAGAAUUGGGUGCAUGAUAAAGGAGGAAGGGCAGACCUAUCAGAAGGGUGGUUGUGGAGGAUUUGGUAAGGGUAACUUCUCUGAGCUUUUUAGAUCUAUUGAGGAAUAUGAGAAGAUGCUUGAAGCCAAACAAACUACUGCUGCUUGAAACUUGAAGUAACAACCUCUAUUGGCGCAGCGGAAAACAGGCAGGAGAAAAGCACAUAGUAUGUGUAUCUAAAAUUAUGUAGUGCAAGUGUGUUCUUUACAUAAAUUAAAUAUGGUAUAAUAAAAGGUGAAAUUGAAGUCUAAAUUGUCUUUUUUAUGGCAUUUCUUUAAAAAAAUCUCAGUAAAAGGCUUAAGAAAAUAAAAACUAUGUAAAUGAGCUUUGUUUAUAAGAACAUAAUUUUAUGAAUUAAAUAUUGCUUUACUUACUCGGGAAUGAUCAAUAACUUUUGGACGAG